AAAGGAGAAGAAAGAAAAGCCGAAAUCAGUAAAACGACAUACAUCGGCACUAUCUAGAGAUUCACAGAACCAUCACCAACAAUACCAUCCAAACUUUCUCAUUUUUUCAGCAAACUUUAAAUACACCUCCGCCCCCGGAGACGCCGUCGUUUUGACGCCGGUGGGCUCCGACACUUCAAUCUCUCUCUACCAAAAACAAUGAAGGAUCGCUCCAGCUUCUCUGUACCGGUAACCGUCGUCGUUUUGGCCAUCUUGUACAUAUACUUGUCCACAGUCUUCAUCUUCAUAGAACGCUGGUUCGGCCUCAUGUCCUCCCCUGGCGUCUUCAACGCCGUCGCUUUCACCUUCAUCGCCCUCAUGUGCGUUUUCACCUACUCCGACUCUGUCUUCACGGAUCCGGGUCGCGUCCCCGCCACCUACGCACCCGAUAUCGAAGACACCGAAAACCCAAUUCACGAAAUCAAGCGCAAGAGUGCGGAUUUGAGAUAUUGUCAAAAGUGUUCUCACUAUAAGCCUCCCCGUGCACAUCAUUGCCGUGUUUGCAAAAGAUGUGUUUUGCGAAUGGAUCACCAUUGCAUUUGGAUCAAUAAUUGUGUUGGGCAUGCAAACUAUAAGGUGUUCUUCAUCUUCAUCGUGUAUGCUGUUAUUGCAUGCAUCUAUUCCCUGGUCUUGCUUGUGGGUAGUCUAACAAUUGACCCCCCAAAGGAUGAGCUGCAAAGUGGAGACUCUUUCAGAACUGCAUAUAUCAUUUCGGGGCUGUUACUAGUCCCCUUAUGUGUGGCACUGGGUGUUCUUUUAGGUUGGCAUAUCUACCUCAUUUUGCAUAACAAGACCACAAUUGAGUACCAUGAAGGAGUUCGAGCUAUGUGGCUUGCAGAGAAAGGAGGGAAUGUCUAUACCCAUCCAUAUGAUCUUGGUGCCUAUGAAAACCUUACAACAGUUUUGGGUCCAAAUAUCCUCAGCUGGGUAUGCCCCACUUCAAAACAUAUUGAUUCUGGCCUUCGCUUCCAGACUGCCUAUGAUAAUCUUAUUGGUGCAUCAACAUCUAAAGGAAGUUGAUUGGUUACUGAUUUUUUGACAUUGCACUGGUAAUAUCAGAAAUAUUUUUUAACAGUUAAACUGUGAAGGGGUGGGUGAGUGCUGAUCUUGAGAUGAUGAGUUGACGACUUGGGUGGUCUGCUUGUAAGUGUCCUGGCAUGUAGAAUACCUGCUUGGAUAGUUCAGGAAGGAGAAAAAAAAAAAAAAAAAAAAAAAAAAACCUUGAUCUAUGUCUCACCCAUCAUAACCACACUCUAGGAGAUGUAAAAGCUGUUUGCUUGGUGAUUUUCAGGAAUGAUUUGAGUAUGAGGACUGCUGUUAAUAACUGAAGCCAAACUGGUCUUUGCAUCAUCUAACGUACAGGUUCUUUUUUUCAAAUUUUUUCCUCCUCUUUACUUGUUGACCUUAGGAUAAUACAGAGUUUAAGAGGCACUUAGCUGAUAAAAGUUCAUAUAAAGUGGGAACCAGAAUCCCAGUUUGCCAAGCAAAGUCUCAUCUAGAGAUGUUUUAUGUCUGUGAAAUGAUUGUAGUAGUAUCAAUGUAACCUAGAUUUGUAAUUGAAUUUAAUUUUUAUUUUUUAGGUUAGUAGAGUUGCAAUUCUUGUAACUUGAAAAAAUAAACAAAUUUGUGGUGUACUAUAUCUCAAUGCAUUCAUUUUUCCCAA